UGCGCCCUCCCCGCGCUUAGGCGCGGCGCCUCUUGGCGGUGCUGCGGUCGCUCAACAUCGCGCACCGAGACGGGCACGAGAUGAACCUGAUGUUUCACGUGCUGGAUGUCAACCACUACGAGCCUCCCACCGCAGACUCCUCCGCCGCCGAGGUGGCCGCCGCCCAGGAGGCCAAGGCGCGCAUCCUCACUGCGAUCCGCAAGGGGCCGGGCGCGGCACACGCGCGGCUCUUUGUCAUCGACUUUGGGCGCGCAAAGACGGUCCGAGGGCGGCUCGGCUGGGCGAUCGAGUACUUGGUGAGCGGCCGACGGCUGCCCGACCCGGAGCAGCACCGGCAGACCCCGAUGCGCGCGCGCCAAACCGGGGAGCAGGGGAAGGGCAGGGGGGGCGUUUGAGCUGGGCUCUGCAUCGUUGUCUGCUCCCUGAGCUGAACGAGCAUGCGCAUGUGACGGUGUCGCUCGCGGCCUCUGUGUGUCUCGUUGAAACACAUACCUCUGCAGCGGCUCUC